GCUAAUUCUCCGUCUUCAAUGGUUCUCUUUUCCCCAAUUGAAAUUGAAUCACUUCCCUAGAACAAUUGAUUUUGAAUCUUCCUUUUUCAUGGACCAAGAGUAUCGGAACUCUAGAACGUCGGUGACGCACCACCAACAGCAUCAUCAUCAUCAAAUGAGAAUGACGGUUCCACCACCACCGUCUCCUCAACCUUCGCCACCGGUUCUUCCUCAUGCUGAAAGUGAUCAGAGUACCUCGGAGCUUCGUUCUCUCGACUUUAAUCUUACUUCUUUAUGCGAUCAUAUUCAAUCCGAAGGUUUUGGCUCCGGUGCGUUUUCUGAUGUUGUUGUUAAAGCUAUGGGAUCCAGUUACCAUCUCCAUCGGUUGAUUCUAUCUCGCAGCUCCUACUUCAGGACUAUGCUUCAAGGUCCAUGGAAAGAAGCAAGCUCUCCGGUUGUGAACUUACUUGUGGAUGAUAAAAAUGUUAAUGGAGAUGCUAUUUCUGUUGCUUUGGCUUAUCUUUAUGGGUAUCAUCCUAAGCUUGAUGAUGAUAAUGCCUUUCGUGUUUUAGCUGCUGCUUCUUUUCUUGAUCUCCAGGAUUUGUGUGCCAUAUGCACCGAUUUUAUUAUUUCUGAGCUGAGGACUUCAAACUUCCUGGCAUAUCAGGUGUUUGCUGAGAGCCAAGACUAUGGCAUACAUGGAGAACGUGUAAGGAAUGCUUGCUGGGGUUAUCUCUGUCAAAGUGGUGCCGUGGAACUGAGAGAGAUGCUGCCGAAACUCUCUGCACAGACUCUAUGUGCAUUGCUGACAUCUGAUGAACUAUGGGUGCCUAGUGAAGAAAAACGGUUUGAACUGGCAUUGUACGCGUUCAUAUCAAAUGGUGCUCUCUCCAACUCAGAACAUUCCAAUAAAUAUUCCAGGUUUGAGAGAGAGACAAGCUUUCCUUUGGAUUCAGCUAUAUCAAAGGGGAAAAGUGUGAUGGAUGAUUUCUCUUUCAGGAGUUUGGACUGUAAGUUAGGUCAUUUAGAUAUAGAAGACGACCUACGAGAUGCUAGUGAUGAUGUGAUUGUUCCACUCGCAGAAGGUGUUAUUGAUUUCCAAAGAGGUGUUUCUGGUUCAAAUCUCGUGUUUCAGCAAUCUCCUAACUCACAAACAAGUUUUGGUCGUACUUGCACCAGUGUUGUUGAUAAGACAGAAGGCAGUGGGGUGGCAAUUGAAGGACCUUCUGAAGAAGCAUACCAUUUGAGUAAUGAUAGUUGGUUAUCAGGAGCAGACUCUAGAAAUUCUCCUACUUUAGGUUCUUCCUCUGAUGGUUUUGUGGUCAGUGAAUGGGGAAACUGUGGUGUUUCUGCUCUAACCUGGGGUGGGCGGGUUGUAGGGACAAGGCAGGGUACAGGCUCUGUUAAAGGAAAAUAUGGAUUUACUGAGGAAGAAUACAGUGCAUUUGUUAACACUUUUGAAGGUGGUUCACUUCUGUAUUGCAAUAUGUCUUUUGAAAUACUAUUGAACGCAAGAAAAGAACUUGAAGAGUUGGGUUUCCCUUGUAAAGCCGUGAAUGAUGGCCUCUGGUUGCAGAUGCUUCUCAGUCAAAGGGUGCAGGAAGUUGCUGCCAGCACAUGCAAAAGGUGUUGCCUUAUUAGUGUUGCUUGCGCGUGUAAACAGGGAUUUGGGGUUUCACAUGGUGCAACCUUCAAUAAUUAUUAUUGCCAAGACAAUGUGCAGAACAAUAUGAUGGGAGACAUGGAAAAUGUCUAUGUGGCGGAAUCUUCUCAAGGCGAAGGAAUAGGCAUCUUUAAGCCUGUCAGGAUCAGUGUGAGGGGACAACACAUUGAUGGACUUGCAGGCAUUGGAUGCGAAGCUACAUUUGUGCCACCACCUGCAUGGCCUCCUACACCUUUUGUGUACUCUCGUGUCCCUAUUAACAGAAAUGGUCAGCAAUCUAUUGCUAGUGAUGGUUCUGAAGGUAGAAUUGACCAGAUUGGAGAAAUUUCAAAAGACGGCUUGACAGCUCUGGUUGGGCUGAGCCAAGGGACAAGCGGUGUUGGUAAUAAUCUUCGUGGUGAUCAAACUGAAGGAGGGCGUGGCAGUGGAGCUACUGUUGGAAUGUCAGAACCAAAGGAAUCUUCAGUAGGGACUGAGUGGGAGAACGCAAGUUGUACCAUAUCACUCGAUACAAGGACACCUUUGUGUCACUUUCCUCCCUUUCGUUUUGGAGUUGAAUUUGAGGAUGUCCAUAGACUCGCUAAUGGUCAUGUGGAGCAUUCUCCUGAAUUCUUCUAUGCUGGUUCUCUGUGGAAGAUUAGCAUUCAGGCAUUCAAUGAUGAAGAUCCUCAAGGACGUCGAACGAUUGGAUUGUUUCUUCACCGCCGCAAAGCAGAGAUAGUGGAUUCAGUAAGGAAGGUCCAUGUUUACAUAGAUCCUCGUGACAAAGUGACUGCACGUUACCAGCUUAUCUGCCCAUCAAAAAGAGAAGUGAUGUUGUUUGGGAGCUUUAAACAGAGAGGAACUCUUCUGCCUAAAGCUCCCAAAGGGUGGGGAUGGCGCACCGCACUGCUCUUUGAUGAGCUCUCUGAACUUCUCCAGAACGGUGCGUUAAGAGUCGCUGCUGUGGUUCAACUGGUUUAGAGGUCUCUUAAACUCGAGAAUUGUAUGUAAAAACUCGAGAAUUGUAUGUAAAAACUCGACAAAAUCCACAUUUGGAAGUUACCCUCUUAAUAAAUAUAUUCUACUUCCUUGGGCGUGUUUGUAUAAAUGAGUCAGAAAUUAUUUGAGAGAAAUAUCAAGUUUUCAGAAUAUCAAUUU